GCGAAAGGGUAUAAAAGCCCUGUCUGCUGUCCUCGUUCAAACCAGCCUCAUCGAGACUACCAUCCAGCCUUCGGACACUCGCUACAGCAGCUCUUCUCUCCCACCACCCAGCUCACAUACCACAAUGCGCUCUUCCUUCGUCGCUCUCGUCAUCCUCGCCGCCAUCGGCAGCACCGUCGCUGCCCCUGCGCCAGGAAACUUCCUUCCCUACUCGUCCGGCGGCAAAGGCGGAAACGGCGGCAGCGCUGUUAGCGGCAACUCAGGCACUGCCAACGGCGGCUCUGUCUCCACGUCGGGCUACGACGUCUUCGUCGGCUCUGCCAAGGGCGGCAACGGUGGCAUCUCCGCCUCAGGAAGCGCCAGUGGCGGCGACGGCGGCAACGGUGGCAAAACCAGCGGAUUCUCUGCUGGCAACGGAGGCAACGGAGGCAGCGGCGGCAGCGCCAAGUCGGGCAACUCGGGCUCUGCCAACGGCGGCUCCGUCUCCACGACGGGCAAAGACGUCUUCGUCGGCUCUGCCAAGGGCGGCAACGGCGGCAUCAGCAUCACGGGCAGCGCCACCGGCGGCGACGGCGGCAACGGCGGCAGCACCAGCGGAUUCAUCUCCUCCGGCAGCGGCGGCAGUGGCGGCAGUGGCGGCAGCGCCGUGUCCGGCAACUCCGGGUCCGCGAACGGCGGCUCAGUCUACACGAGCGGCAGCCAUGUCACCGUGGGUAGCGCCCAGGGAGGCAACGGCGGCAUCAGCAAGAGCGGAAGCGCGACCGGCGGCGACGGUGGCAACGGUGGCAGCAGCGGCCACUUCUUCUAG